AUGUCAGUAGAAGAAACAGAUACCGAAGUCAUCCUGACGCAUCCUGAAAACAGCAAGACCUUUGUCAAGAUCCUCAAGUAUGGCGCUACUGUCUACUCCUGGAGUCUAGAGGGCCAAGAACAGCUGUGGUUAUCCUCAGCUGCCAAGCUGGACGGGUCAAAGCCUGUGCGUGGUGGUAUUCCAUUGGUGUUUCCUGUAUUUGGAAAGAACGAGGAUGAUGAGUUCCUCAGCAAACUGCCCCAGCAUGGCCUAGCCAGAAACUCUACUUGGGAGUUUCUGGGCCAGGUUAGCGCUAACCCUCCUACGGUGCAGUUUGGACUGGGCCCCGAGUUGGCUAACCCCGAGCUGACAAAGCUAUGGCCAAUGGACUACUCUUUGAUUUUGACGGUCGAACUAGGCUCGGGGCACUUGAAGACGCACAUCGAGGUGUCAAACACUUCUAGCUCGCAACCGCUGAAAUUCAACUGGCUGUUCCACACCUACCUCAAGAUCGCGGACAUCGAAGACACUCUAGUGUCCAACCUAACGGGUGCCAAGCUUUACGACCAAAUGCUGCAGGAGUCCUACGUUGACAGACAGCCCGUGGUUUCGUUCCACGAGGAACUGGACCGCAUCUACCAAAGGGUGCAGGAGGACCGUCUAAUACAGGUCAUCGACAAGGGCCACCCUAUACACACCGUCAAGAGGCACAAUCUGCCCGAUGUCGUGACCUGGAAUCCAUGGGUCGAGAAGUCCAAGGGAAUGGCAGACUUCGAGCCCAAGAGCGGAUUCAAAGAGAUGGUAUGCGUGGAAUCCGGCCAUGUUCACAGCCUUCUGGAGCUACAACCAGGCCAGAGCUGGACCGCAUACCAGCUGCUCUACAAGGACGAACUCAACUACCAAGUGCUUUGA